CACUUUGUCAGAACGAGACAAUAUUGAGUCGCACUGAUCCAAGCAACCAAGAUGUUCAAAAUUUACUUCCUCCUCGCGCUAGUACCAACAAUGGUACUAUCGGAUGUCAGUUUCACCGCCUGUCCCAAUGGAGCCCCGACACCCACCAUACUGAAGGUCAACGACUGCAUGGCCGAUGAAUGCAAUCUGGUAGCAGGAGAGCACAUUUCAGCCUACGCCAGUGGAAUCUACAGCCCCACGGACAGUGCGACCGCCACGGCUCACAUCUCCGUUUUUCUCGGUGGGCUGGAUUUGGGUUUCGAGCUUCCGCCGCACCUGGAAGAUGCUUGCAGCGUUGGAAUCGAAGGUGGUUGUCCGCUAAUUGCCGAUGAGGCAUUCAGUUAUUUACUGUCCAGUGACAGUCUGGAUGUUCCGGCUCGUGGGGUGGCGGUCGAGAUCGAAGUCGGUCUGACGGGGGACGGCGGUGUCGAGCUGGUCUGUCUGCGGUUUAAUGCUGUCGUUAACUGAGUUGACAUGCGGUGAGAAUAAAGUCUGUUAUGAACCAACUGUUA